AUGGCUAAAUGUUGUUUUCCGAAUGGAUGUCGAGAGUCUGAAAAUUUGAUAGACCCAGAAGAGGCUUUAGAUGCUGUCAAAGUUAUUUGUAAUAAUGAAAAUUGCACCAUUGGAAACUGGAUGCAUCGUAGUUGUUUUGAUGAGUGGGAGGAAUCUGUUCUUUCUUAUUUGCGUUCAUGUGGAAGAGCAAGAAGCUGGAGUGAAAAGCAAAGAUUGCAGAAUCUGUGGACUAAGAAAGGCUAUGACCUAGCAUUCAAGGCGUGUGAUUGUAAAUGUGGAAGGGGUCAUCUGAGGAAAGAUUUAGACUACAUCCAACCUACUCCAUCUGUAGAAAUUACAAAGGCAAAGAAAAAACAUAAGAAGAAGAAUGACAAACCAUUGCCUGUUGUAAGCACAAACCACAAGACUGUCAACAACCAAAACCACCCUUCGAAUCAUAGCCCAAAUACUGCUGUACCAAGUGAUACCAAUGGUAACACAACUUCAACACCCAUCAAAUCAUUAAUACAAUCAACAGCUCAUCUACGUUUGAGAACCGAUAGUGUUAGUAGCACAGGUAGUAGUCCACCUAAUUCUGCCAGUUCUGAAUCACCACCUAAUUCAGCAUCACCUCUGAGUAAUGCCAACUUAUUCCUGAAAGGAAGACGUCUUGAUGGAAUGGUACAUGAUCAUAGCCAUAUUGGUAUGCCUGGUAAUAUAUUUAGACGCAGACAAGAUCUGUCAGCUUUCAGCAUGCUACCAAAAUUUAAACAGAAUCCAUAUUAUAUCAAGAUGGAAGAUGAUGGUCCACAUGGUAAUGAUGAUACAAGAAGUUUUGUCCUUUCCAAUCUGAGCUCACGUAAAAUGUCAUCAUUAAGAUGUGUUUUAUGUAAAGAUGUUUUACCAGUAUUUGAUAGGUAUCCAUUGAUAGAUGGUACUCUGUUUUUAUCACCACAAGCAUAUGACGAGGCUGUUGUACAGGUUAUAUAUGAAGGUAGAAUACAGUUUUUAAAUGCUUGUUGUGUCAGAUGUUUAGAUGGUCAUUCAGAUAUUAGAUGUACAUCAUGUAAAAAGUUAUGGGAUGGUAGUGCCCUAUUGUUGGGAACAAUGUAUACUUACGAUAUAUUUGCUGCCAUGCCAUGUUGUCAAAAGCGGUUGACUUGUAAAUACUGUCGUCGUGCAGUAGUCGAUUUACAUAUAGGACUAAAUUUUUAUAGUCAAUAUAGCCAAAUGACCAUUUGUCCUUAUUGUAAAGCUAACGACUAUCACUUUAUUCGCCCCAUGACUGAAACCUUUAUGGUGAAAGAAUCUAUAUGUGGUGUCCAUUAUUAA